AAUUUCAAAGUUUUACUACAACCCUAAUGGCUUCUGAAGAAGAGCCAAAAACGAUUCCACUGAAAAUCUUAGUAGACAGAGAAAACAAUAAAGUUGUCGCUGUAGAAUCAACCAAAGACUUCGUUGACACUCUCUUCAGCUUCCUUUCUCUUCCACUCGCCACCAUCAUUCGCCUCUUAACUACAAACAACGAUGAUCAACAACAACAACAACAACAAGAAUCCUCAGAAUCGUCAUCAUUCCUCGGAAGCAUCAAAAACCUCUAUGAAAGCGUACAGACCCUCACUCCAAAUGAUAUUUGGAACCCUGUCUGCAAACAAAUGUUGUUGAAUCCGAAGAAUCCAUGUGAAUCAUUAUGCAAAAAGCUUUUCUUGAACAUUGAUGAUACUGAAUGGUCAAGUAAGAUUUUUGUGUGUGAUGCUUGUAACAAGUUUACAACUUUUCAGAAUCUUGAUUGUACUUGUGGAAAACCCACUAAUAAACAGCCUAAUAGUUUGGAUUCUGAGGGACAGGGGAAUAGUGGUGGUAUUGCUGAUGCUUUAAAUGGGGUUUUUGUUAAGGACAAUGGGUCGUUGUUUUUGGUGUAUGAUGAUUUGAAGAUUGUGCCUAGUUCUUUGGUGAGUUCCAUGCAGAUGUUGAUGGAAUUGGGGUAUUCUGAUUUGAGUCAAUUAGAGGAAGUUACUCACAACAUUGGAAAACAGGAGAUGCUGAACCUCCUCAAGUACACCUUAACCUCUCAUGAGCCUCUGACAAAUACAAUUUUGAAAAGCAGCUCCAAGAACAAAGACAACCCGCCCAACCAGUUUGCAUCAGCAGUCAAAGUAAAAACUUGCACCCGCGACAUUAAAAUGGACGUUAAGCUAGUGCGAAGUAAAUCUCAGAAAAAGAUAAUCUGUGCAGAAGCCAGUGGAAACUUUGUUGACUUCAUGUUUAGCUUCCUUACAAUACCAUUAGGGUCCAUUGUAAAGGUCUUGGAUGGUAACUCUUUUGUUGGAUGUGUUGAUAAUUUGUACAAGAGUGUAGAGAGCUUGGACUCUUCGUGGUGUACAAACUCGCGCUCCAUGUUACUCAAUCCUGGUGUUGCACCACACUUUGGUUGUCCAAACCAGCCCCUCAACAUUCCUCAUGUACAACCACCCCUCACUACAUAUUAUUAUGGUACAGGAACACCAAAGCAAGAGUAUAAUUGUCAUUAUGGUUAUCAAACGGUAGAGUUAACGAUAGAGGGAGGAGUGAUUUCUAAGUCGCAUGGAUUGAUUUAUAAAGCAAAAGCCUUGACUGAAAUGGACCCAAGAUCCCCCAACAAAUCAAAAAAAGAUGUGGUGGGAUUUGUGAAGAGACCGGCAUUAUAUAGUGUAGGAGAUGAUCUAAAAGUAAAACCUUUUUCUGCUAAUUCUUGCCUUUCAUAUUUGAAAGAAUUGAGCUUUCCCCUUGUUGAUCUUGAAGUGAAUGUGAUAAGCAUUGGUGAAGCUGAGGCUUUGAGCCUCCUUGCAGCUUCCUUGACAUCAAAAUUUACACUGACUAGUGGACUGAAAGAAUUUUUUAAUGAGCAAAAACAAGAUUCAAAUUUGACCUCAAAGUGUGUUCAAACUAGUAGGCUUGAUAAAGUUGCAAAGAAGCCUAAACUAGAAGACUGAGUUAUUAUACAGUUGCAGUUUCAUUUCAACCUUUAUUUUGAACAAUAGAUAGAAGAUUUUGUACCUUACUAGUUUUUUGGUUUGUCUGUUCAGUUUUAUGGACUCGGUGGUUAAAUAGUUCAUAAGUACAACUAUAUAAUAGUCAAUAUGAGUAGCACUUUUGUUGGGUGUUAUUGCUAUCAUUCCUCAAGUCGAGGAUUGCUAGGGACAUUCUCUUUUCAACACUCUCUUUAACACUCAUUCUCUUAUUGGAUAAAACUAAUGUAUGACUCACCACUUUAAGUGGAACCCAUUUCCAA